AUGACGACGGGUGAGAACGAUAAUCAACCAACACCAACUGUGAAUGAAUCUCUGAAUCAGUCAGGUGUUGACACCAGUAGCCCUCUGUAUAUGCAUCCAUCCGAUAAUCCUGGGACAGCUUUAGUUCCCGCUCCAUUUGAUGGUUUUGGUUAUCGUUCAUGGAGAAGAGGUGUGAUGCGAGCAUUAUCUGUGAAGAAUAAAUUGGGAUUUAUCAACGGAGAGUGCAAUAGACCAGAUCUAGAUUCAUUAAAAUUUCUCCUGUGGGAAAGGUGUGAUGAUAUGGUCACAUCAUGGAACCUAAACUCUUUGACCAAAGAAAUUGCAGAUAGUGUUGAAUAUGUAGCUGAUGCAUUCGAAUUGUGGAGAGUGCUUGAGGAUCGGUAUGACCAGACAAAUGGGACAAAGCUGUACCAAAUUCAGAAGGAGAUCAAUGAUCUAUCUCAAGGAUCCCUCGAUAUCACUAGUUAUUACACAAAAAUGAAAAAGUUAUGGGAGGAACUCAAUACUUUGAUUGCUAAAUCUCACUGCACCUGCAAUUGUUCAUGUGAAGCUAAGGAGAGUAUGCACAAGGCUGAACAGGAUAGGAGACUCAUACAAUUCCUUAUGGAAUUAAAUGAAACAUAUACUGUUGUUCGAGGCAGCAUAUUGAUGAUGAAUCCUCUUCCUUCAAUUGCUCAAGCAUUUUCUCUGCUGAUUCAGGAGGAAAGGCAGAGGGAAAUUAAACCUAGUGGCCAUUUAGCACUGGAGUCGUCAGCCUUGAAUGCCAACACAAUCAGAUCUGGGACAUUCAGAACAAAUUACUCUCCCAACAACAAUCACAACAACAGAAAUAGACCUUUCUGUGACUAUUGUAAGAGGCCAGGGCACACCAAAGAAAAAUGUUACAAACUUCAUGGAUACCCAGAGAACUUUGGCCACAAUCAGAAUCCAAACACAGGUCAAAGCAGUUUCAAUCAGAAUACUAGGCAAAAUCCCAACUACAACUACAACUCAAACAACAAUAAUAGUAACAGAUUCAAUAAAGGCAACAGAACACUGGCCAAUGCACAUGUAGCAACCACUGAUACUCAACCUACAGAGAAUGAAAAGUAUGCCAGUCAUGACAAUACUCAGAAUGCCCCUUCAAUGAAGAGGCCUCUGGUGAUUGGUAAAGUGAGGGAUGGGCUGUACAUCCUAUGCCCAAGCUGUUUGAAGAAAAACAAUGCAAGCCUUGCAGAAAACGACAAUUCUGAACUACCUAUCAUUUCUACUUGUUGCACUUGUAACACACACUGUCCCUCUCAUUCUACUGUAGAUAUACCACUUCAUACAAAUAAGUGUGUACCCUUUCCAAUUGUAAAUAGUUCAUGUGCAAGUGCUAAUGAACAAACUCCUUUUGAAAGUCUAUCUUCUGAAUUACCUAGUUUAUUCUCUCAUUCUUGGGCUGAAAAUAAUGUGAAUGUGUUGUGGCGUAAUAGUCUUGGACAUGUCCCCUUUGUGAAAAUGAGAAGGAUUACCUCCAUUCCUGCUAACUUCUCCCCCAAACAACCCUUCAGUUGCACCAUUUGUCCAAUGGCUAGACAGGAAAGACUACCAUUUCCUCAGAAAACCAGUACAACUAACAAAAUCUUUGAACUUUUACAUGUUGAUCUGUGGGGUCCAUAUCAUGUUCCUACACAUGAUAAACACAAAUAUUUUAUCACCAUAGUGGAUGAUUAUAGCAGGUCUACUUGGACUCAUCUCUUAUCCAGCAAAAGUAAUGCCAUUGAUAUUCUUAAAAACUUCAUGAAUUUGGUGGAAAACUAG